AUGCCUUGCGGGUGUGGUUCCAACUGUAGCUGCGGCUCCGGCUGUCGCUGCGAGUAAGUCCCCUCUCCUCUUCCCCUUCCUAACAUCGCCGCUUUCUUCUCCGAUCAUCGUCAUCCUCAUCAUCGCCAUGGUCGUCUUCUCUUGUGAUGGCAGGACACAGAAGACGGCCGCAGCCCCGACCGAGGUCCUCGGAGUCGCCCCGGAGAAGCGGUAGGUCCCCUCGCUGCUCUGAUCAUCCCCUUAGAGUGUCGUCUUCUUCCCCUGGCUUAUCCCGCUGAAACGAUCAGGUCUACGGCCGUCGCUAGCGCGAGGGAGGGUUGCCGCUGCGGGUCAAGCUGCAGAUGCAACCCCUGCAACUGCUGA